CAGAUAUUUUUCAAAUGUUUAAAGAUUAUGAAAGGUGAUUAUACUACAGCCAAUAAUAUGAUGAAUCAAAUAGUUCAGGAAAUACAUAUCAAAGUUGAAAAAAGCCAAAAAAGUUCAAAUAACAACUGCGAUUCAACAAACAAUAUAAAUUUGAUGGACGAAAAAAAAUGUAACAAGAAAUUAGCCAAGAUACAUGGGCAUAAAUCCAAUAAAAAAUACAAAAAACUACUAAAAAGCUAUGACCCAAUACUAAAUAACAAUGAACUUGUGAAGGCAUUAUCUGAUCCAGAAGAUAAAAUCGGAAUAAAUGACAAACUAUUUGAUGCUUUAGGUACUAAAAUGUCAAGUAAAGCUGAACACUGUGGUGAUAAUGAUAAAUCUGAAGCUUCUUUUACUUCUACUCCUACUCCAAAUGGAAUUAAAUUUUCAAUUCUACGUGCUGCCAAUAGUUCUACAAUGAAAUCGCUGAAAAUACCCAUUAUUUUCAAAGACCAAAAAUUAUGUGAUACAUCAAAUAUUAAAAAAUUACCUAAUGAUAAUAAACUCAUUUCUACUGAUUCUAGUGAAAUGUUCGAUAAAAUCAGUAGAAAUGAAUCAAUUCAAGCAUCAUCCUCCAAAGUUGAAAUUCAGACUGCCAAUUUUUCAUCAUCUAAUAAUGUUCAAGAAUGUUCAUAUUCUGAACAAGCUAGUCAUUUGAAACCAACAACUGAAGUUGAUUGUGCAGCAUCCCCAAUAACCAUUGACAAUUAUCAUUAUGAAAAUACAAAAGAUUUUUUGAAACUGCAAAAAAUUAUUUUCAAAUUUGAUCUCUCCAGAACUGAUGCUUUUAAGAAGUUGGUCUGCAUAAUAAAAAAGACAUUCAAUUGUAACUUACAAAGACUCCAUAAAAUCAAUUAUAGGUGGCACAGUCCUGAAAUACGUGUUAUUCAAAUAUUGCUUAAGGAACUAUUACAAGAAAUAGAUCAGACUGCAAACAAAAUCAUACAUUUCUUGACAUUAUUGAACAUUUUAUUUCGUAAAUCUGUUGAUACUUAUAAAAUGUCAAUACGUGACGUUUAUUAUAGUUUCUUUGGUUUUACAGAUUUUAUUAAAAGGUGUUUGUUGUCUCAUGAUAAUAAAAUGGCAAUGGAAUGGAUCCCUAUGGUAUGGAAUAAUUGUUUUUAUUAUAGUCUUAUUUUGGUGGAGUAUAUUUUAUUUAGUAUUACCAAAAGAAAUUUGCCAUAUAAAAGUAUACAAACUCUUUUUGAAUGGUCAUACGUCCCAGAUGUUGAGAAGCUGUUAAAAAUAUUAACAUAUGACAACAGGAAGCGUUCAGCUAGCAUUAAGUUUGCAACUGAUGAUAUCAAUAGUUAUUUGAAGCAACGUCCAAUACAAUCAGAAUACCAAGAUAUGCCAGAAGAACCACUUAAUAAAAAAAGAAAAUUUACUUCAUAUGAACAGGAGUUUCAACAAGCACAACAACCAGCUAAUCUUAAGGUUACAAUUGAUGAAAAUUCUGUCAGAGAAGCUCAAGUUAUAUUAAGUUCGAUUGGUCAGAAAAUGUAUGACGACACACAAUAAUAACCAAUGAUGCAUAAACUGAAGAUGAAUAUAAUUAAUCAAAAAACAUUCAAUAUAUUUCUAAAAAAAUUAUGCAGUUAUUUGAUUGCAUUUGAAGAAUGCCAAAAUUCUAUGCUGUGUUCAAAAUUGGAUUUUAUAAUUAGUUUAGUCUAAUUAUGUUUAACCUAUUUAUAAUUAUUAAUUUUAAGAUAAGCAAAUUGCCUAAUUACAAAUAUAUUAUAUAUAUAAUUAAAAACAUAGUAUUAUAACAAUAUUAUUUUGAAAAUAUGUAAAUUGUUAUGUUCGACUGAGACAUUCUUUUUGUUUACAUUUGUCAUUAAUUCACAACACACAAGUUAU